ACGCCCGGGCCGCCUGGCGCCGCUCGGGGCGGGGGACGCAACUUCCACGGGACGGCGGUGUCCGCCGGGUGGGUGCCGCUGUGUUUGGCGGGGGUCGCGCGGCCCGGCCCGGUUGCGGGGAGGAGGAAGAGCAGCGAGAGGCCCCGGGACCGAGUUUUGGGAGCUGAGGCGGGAGGGGCCGGAGGCCGCGGCGUCGGGAGCAUGGGAGGUCCGGCCCGGCCUCGCCGCUGCGGCGCCCGCGGGAGGGCGGCCCGGGAGAACGGCGCCGUGAGGUGCGCGCUGUAAGAGCGAACCCGCCUUUAACCCGCGGCGAGCGGCUCUCCGGGACGGCGUGCGGAGGCGGCCGGGCGUCCCCCGAGGAUCUCGGAUUCCGACUCGAAGCUUCGUCUCGGGGCCGGAGGCGGCUCCGCAUGGAGGCUCCGGGCGCGCAGCCGGGGCGCGGGGCUCUCCGAGAGGCGCCGUGAGCCCGCCCGCCUCCCACGAGACCCGCCCGGCUCCCCGGCGCCCUCCGAGCGAACUUCCCCGCCUCGUUCCGCGAUGGAGCCUCCCGGGAUGGACUAUUUCUGCGCCCAGGUGCAGCAGAAGGACGUGGGCCGCAGGCUGCAGGUCGGCCAGGAGCUGCUGGAGUACCUGGGAGACCCCGCCCGCUCCCCCGACAUGGAGCAGGACCAGCAGCGCCUCGACAAAGUGAUCGACGAGCUGGCGACCUGGGUCAACUCCAGCAACUUUAAGGUGGGGUUACUGGGAUUAGAUGUUUUAGGUGCCUUUGUCCACAGACUAUCGGGACGCUUUAAAUCCUACACAGGAACUGUUCUCCUGCCUUUGAUAGAUCGUUUGGGAGAUGCCAAAGAUCAAGUUCGAGAGCAAGCACAGAAUCUCAUAUUGAAAUUGAUGGAUGAGGCAGCACCGCCCAUGUACAUUUGGGAACGCCUUGCUGUUGGUUUUAAACACAAGAAUUACCGAUCCCGAGAAGGAGUGUGUUUGUGUCUUAUUGCAACCUUAAACAUUUAUGGUGCCCAACCAUUAAGUCUCAGCAAGUUGGUACUACAUCUGUGUGCAGCAUUUGGUGACUCAAAUAGUCAGGUGAGAGAUGCUGCCAUACUAGCCAUUGUGGAGGUUUACAGACAUGUGGGGGAGAAAGUACGACUAGAUCUUUCAAAAAGAGGAAUUCCUCCUGGAAGGUUGCAAACAAUCUUUACAAAAUUUGAUGAAGUGAGAGACUCUGGAAAUAUGAUUUUAAGUAACAUCAGUGACAAAAGCUUCGAUGAUGAAGAGUCGGUGGAUGGAAAUAGGCCAUCAUCAGCUGCUUCAGCCUUCAAGAUUCCUGCACCUAAAAAGCCAGGAAAUCCUUCCAACAGUGCAAGGAAGCCAGGUUCUGCUGGUGGGCCGAAGGUUGGAGGUUCCUCUAAAGAAGGAGGAGCUGGAGCAGUGGAUGAAGAUGACUUUAUUAAGGCAUUUACAGACGUUCCUACUGUACAGAUCUAUUCUAGUCGAGAACUUGAAGAAACAUUGAACAAAAUCAGGGAAAUCCUCUCAGAUGACAAACACGAUUGGGAUCAGCGAACCAAUGCGCUCAAGAAAGUUCGGUCAUUGCUUGUUGCUGGAGCUGCACAGUAUGAUGGAUUUUUCCAGCAUUUACGGUUGUUGGACGGUGCAUUUAAGCUGUCAGCCAAGGAUCUCAGAUCCCAGGUGGUUAGAGAAGCAUGUAUUACUGUAGCGCAUCUUUCAACUGUUUUGGGAAACAAGUUUGAUCAUGGCGCUGAAGCUAUUAUGCCUACUCUUUUUAAUCUGGUUCCCAACAGCGCCAAAGUGAUGGCAACUUCUGGGUGUGCAGCCAUUAGAUUCAUUAUUCGGCAUACUCACGUGCCCCGACUCAUACCUUUAAUAACAAGCAACUGUACCUCAAAAUCGGUUGCCGUUAGAAGGCGAUCCUUUGAAUUUUUAGACCUGUUAUUACAAGAGUGGCAAACGCAUUCUUUGGAAAGGCAUGCAGCAGUCUUAGUUGAAACGAUCAAGAAGGGCAUUCACGAUGCUGAUGCGGAAGCAAGAGUGGAGGCAAGGAAGGCUUAUUUGGGUCUUAGAAAUCACUUUCCUAGUGAAGCAGAGACUCUAUACAAUUCCCUUGAGCCACCUUAUCAAAGAAGCCUCCAGACGUACUUGAAGAAUUCUGGCAGUAUAGCAUCUCUCCCUCAGUCAGACAGGUCAUCUUCCAGCUCACAGGAGAGCCUCAAUCGUCCUCUAUCUUCUAAAUGGUCUGCAGCCAGCCCAGCCACCUUUGCAAGCAGAGUUUCGGGCAGCAGCAAGAGUGUUCCAAGCCCAGGAACUCUGCAAAGGUCUCGCAGUGACAUUGAUGUUAAUGCUGCUGCAGGGGCAAAGGCCCGCCAUGCUUCUGGACAGACAGCUGGAGCUGGGCGCUUGUCAGCAGCUGGUCUGCCUCCAGGAUCUUAUGCUUCACUAGAGGAUACUUCUGACAAGAUGGAUGGAACAGCUUCUGAAGAUGGUCGUAUACGAACAAAGCUUUCAACACCUUCUGUUGGUAUUGGAAAUUCUAAAACAGAUUCCAGAGGACGAAGUAGAACCAAAGUGGUCUCUCAGUCUCAGCGUUCAUCAUCGCCAGAGAAAAUUGAAGGAUCACAGUCUGCUAACCCCAUUGGUGCUGGCAGCAGAUCUGGAUCUCCUGGAAGAGUUUUGACAACAACUACCCUUUCUACUAUGAACACAGGGGUUCAGAGAGUGUUAGUGAACCCUGCAGCUGCACAAAAACGAAGCAAAAUCCCAAGAAGUCAGGGGUGCAGUCGAGAAGCCAGUCCUUCUAGACUGUCAGUAGCACGAGGCAGCCGCAUUCCUCGGCCUAGUGUGAGUCAGGGGUGCAGUCGGGAGGCCAGCCGGGAAAGUAGCAGGGACACGAGCCCUGUCCGCUCUUUUCCACCCCUUGCUUCCAGACAUCACUCCAGAUCCACUGGUGCCCUCUACGCUCCUGAUGCUUAUGGGGCUACAGGUACCAGCUUUGGAAUUAGUCAGUCGAGUAGAUUGUCCUCGUCAGUUAGUGCUAUGAGAGUUCUGAACACGGGUUCUGAUGUGGAAGAGGCAGUAGCAGAUGCUUUGCUCUUAGGAGACAUACGGACUAAGAAGAAGCCUGUGAGAAGAAGAUACGAGUCUUACGGGAUGUACUCAGAUGAUGAUGCCAACAGUGAUGCAUCAAGCGCCUGUUCAGAAAGCUCCUAUGGUUCCAGGAAUGGAGGCAUUCCAACGUAUAUGAGACAGACAGAAGAUGUGGCUGAAGUCCUAAAUCGCUGUGCUAGCACCAACUGGUCAGAGAGAAAAGAAGGCCUUCUGGGCCUGCAAAAUUUAUUAAAGAACCAGAGAACGUUAAGUCGUGUUGAGUUGAAAAGGCUGUGUGAAAUCUUCACAAGAAUGUUUGCUGAUCCUCACAGUAAGAGAGUGUUCAGUAUGUUUUUGGAGACACUGGUGGACUUCAUCCAGGUCCAUAAAGAAGAUCUGCAGGACUGGCUAUUUGUACUGCUGACCCAGCUAUUGAAGAAAAUGGGUGCUGAUUUGCUGGGGUCUGUACAAGCAAAAGUUCAGAAAGCUCUGGAUGUCACAAGGGAAUCAUUUCCAAAUGAUCUUCAGUUUAGUAUUUUGAUGAGAUUUACUGUUGACCAGACCCAAACCCCUAGUUUGAAGACAGUCAAGCCAGCACUACAGGACCAGCUUCGCUCUUUUUGGAGCUCAAAGGUAAAAGUUGCAAUUCUUAAAUACAUUGAGUCCUUGGCAAGACAGAUGGAUCCAGGGGAUUUUGUAAAUUCAAGUGAAACUAGGUUAGCUGUGUCUCGAAUCAUCACCUGGACCACAGAACCUAAAAGCUCCGAUGUUAGGAAGGCUGCACAGUCAGUACUCAUUUCCCUUUUUGAACUUAAUACUCCUGAGUUUACAAUGCUGCUGGGUGCUUUACCAAAAACAUUUCAGGAUGGAGCCACAAAGCUUCUUCAUAAUCAUCUCCGAAAUACAGGCAACAGUGGUCAGGGUUCAAUGGGAAGUCCUUUGACAAGGCCUACUCCACACUCCCCAGCAAGCUGGUCAAGUCCUCUCACUUCCCCAACCAAUACAUCGCAGAACACUUUGUCACCAAGUGCAUUUGAUUAUGAUACAGAAAAUAUGAAUUCUGAAGAUAUUUACAGUUCCCUUCGUGGAGUCACUGAAGCUAUUCAGAACUUCAGUUUCCGUAGUCAAGAAGAUAUGAAUGAGCCUGUGAAACGGGAUUCAAAAAAAGAUGACGUUGAUUCAAUUGGCAGUGCUUCUGGAAUAGCAGACCUACGAGCAGGAAGUGGUGUGAGUGAUACAGGCCGAACAGCUCUUGAUAACAAAACGUCAUUACUCAAUACAAUGCCUCCUCACUCUUCCCCACGCUCACGAGAUUAUAACCCAUACAAUUAUUCUGAUAGUUCGUUUAAUAAAUCUGCUUUGAAGGAAGCCAUGUUUGAUGAUGAUGCGGAGCAAUUUCCUGAUGAGCCUCCCAUGGAUCAUUCUGAUCUAGUUGCAGAGUUAUUAAAAGAGUUAUCCAACCAUAACGAGAGAGUUGAGGAAAGAAAGGCUGCCCUCUAUGAGCUCAUGAAGUUAACUCAAGAAGAGUCCUUUGGUGUUUGGGAUGAGCACUUCAAAACGAUACUGCUUUUGCUUCUUGAAACACUUGGAGACAAAGAGCAUGCAAUUAGAGCUUUGGCAUUGAAAGUUCUAAGAGAAAUCCUAAGAAAUCAGCCAGCGAGGUUUAAGAAUUACGCAGAGCUCACAAUAAUGAAGACAUUAGAAGCACAUAAGGAUCCUCAUAAGGAGGUGGUGAGAUCUGCUGAAGAAGCUGCUUCCAUGCUGGCCACUUCCAUUAGCCCAGAUCAGUGCAUCAAAGUCCUUUGUCCGAUUAUCCAGACUGCAGAUUACCCCAUUAAUCUGGCUGCUAUCAAAAUGCAGACAAAAGUCAUAGAGAGAGUGUCUAAAGAAACUCUUACUCAGCUUUUACCAGAGAUUGUGCCAGGUUUAAUACAGGGUUAUGACAAUACAGAGAGCAGUGUUCGUAAGGCAUGUGUUUUCUGCCUUGUAGCCAUUCAUGCAGUAAUUGGUGAUGAGCUAAAACCACAUCUCAGUCAACUCACUGGCAGUAAAAUGAAGUUAUUGAACCUUUACAUCAAGCGUGCACAAACUGGCUCCGGACCAGGGGAUACAACGGCAGAUAUGUCUGGACAAAGCUAAUGAAGCUGAGACGAGAAUUAACCAGCUCUCCUAAAGCAAGGGCAAAGCCCUCAUCAAGUGAAAGGAAAAUUCUUACACACAACUUUUGGAACCCUGGUUUCUUUUUCUUUUUGUUUUUUUUUUUUUUUUUCUUUUUGUUUUUUUUCCUUAACCAAUGGCUGUCCUCAGCCUGCAUGUGACUGUUGCAAUAGAAUUACUCCAGAUCUAAGGAAAAGCAGUAUUAACAUCAGUUGAUCAAAGCAAAAUAAAAUCUAAAAAAGAAUCUAAUUCAUCAGUUAUCCUGUUGCAAUCCUCUGUGUCUUCCCAUUAACUUUUGCCAGUGUUACUGUAUUAAAAAAGGAUUUUUUUAAUGCUAAUUAAACAGGUAUGCUUUAAGCUUCAGAAGUUAAAAUACAAAUUCUGUUGCUUUUUUUCAGCUGCAGAUAACAUUUUUAUUGCUAUUUGGUUUGAGUAUCGUGUCCUUCGCUAGAAACAAGAAGUGAUGUGAAACUAGGCAGAACUAGUCUGAACUGCAGUGAGACUCGGUCACUGUUGGUGGUUCAUCAUCUUAUUUACAGCUUGUUUGGGAUAUUCCAGAGAUUGAGAAAUAUGCCUAUAAAAAAGCUGGAUCGAUCCAGUUCUGUAAAAGUGAUAUUGUUCAUUGGUUGUAUGUUUGUUGCAUAAAUAAGAAUUUAGUGUGCACAGCAGAGGACUGGUACAACCAGUACCUCUUAGUGUGGGAGACAGCCCUUUCAGGGUAGCACUGCCGACCUGGUGAUAGAGUGGCAGUCUGCUCUUAGCAGCAGACUUCAUGGUCACUUGAUGGACGUGAACCAUCCUUGCCACCUUUCGUUCUUCAAGCAGGAUGCUUCAGAAUGGAGUGCUCUGCCCAAGCAUGCUCAGUAUGUAUUUAUCACUAGAAUGUUUCCUCUCAACCUAAUUGCUGGAACCAGUAGUCUUGUAUUGUAACUCACAUGGGAUUUUAUGACAACAGUGCAGAAAACUAUUUAUUCGUUAUCUUCCUAAAAGCACCGAGAUUUUCUGCAUUGAAUUUUAAUUGGGGGGGUGGGAGGGGAGGGAAUAGUCACAAAUGCUCUCGAUCUCGCCACCUUCUAAUUUAACAAAUGCUAUAUUUUGGAUGAGUUGGGAAAGCUGCACCGAACUGUUUGCAUGGUUUUCUUGAAUAGCAUCCUCAAGAUCCGUCUGGAUUAAGGUGUGGAAAUGUUUCCAGGGUUUGUUUUGCCAUUUCUGAAAAAGAGUUAGUUUAUUGUGAAUAAUGGUUCUUUGUAUUUAUGAACUUGAGAAUGGAAAGAGAAAGAAAAGAUCAAGUAAAUGUGUCCCUGAAUGUUCUCAUCUUUUUUUUUCCCCUUUUUUUAUCCUUUUUUUCUUUCUUUUUUGUUUUCUUUGAUAUAAGCAACAAGUUAGUUAACUGAGAACUGGGAUAAGCAGCACCCUUCCCAGAAAUGAUGGAAACUCUUUAUCCCUAGCUUUUCUUUCCCUUUGAUUGUGGUGUUGUCUGGCUGUAGGAAAUAUAUCCUGAUAAGAGAGAAAACUGUAGUGCCAAGGAUGAUGAUCAGUGCUAGGCUGAAAUUCUCUCUACCUCUUCAGGGUGGUUAAUUUUUGGCUGAGCUGCUGCAUACAGCACCCGGUGGAAGAACUACCUAUAGAAAAAGUCUUUUGUUUUUCCCUAAUUAUCGCUUAAUGCAUAUUGAAAGCUAUUCUUUGACACACAGCCAAAUACUGCAAGAACAGCUUAUACACUGUACUGUUAGGUGCCCUGAAACACAAAACUGAAUGGAGAAAAAAAAAGAGUCAGAUGCUUGUAGUUACAUGAAAGGUUGUUUUCACUUCAGUGAGAUGUUGUUACAGAAGCAAUGCCAUUACAGAGAUUUAUUUGGAGGAAAGGUUGUAGAAAUGUAUGUAAAGACUCUAAAUCAAGGCUGUCAUAACUUGUCAGUAGCCCUCCUUAACAGCUACAUCAGGAAAAUAGUAUCUCCUCUUUCUUUCCUUUGUUACGUGUAACAUUCUUGUUGUUUUCUACUGUUUGAUUCCAUUGUGUAUUUAUAGUUCUACGCUUACCAUUGUGCAUAUACUGGCAAUAAAAUGUACAUAACAUUACUUAAAAAAAAAACUAGCAAUGUAUACAUUCUGUUUUUCUGUGUUAUUUGGUCACGUGUUAUAAGAAAGAUAGAAAGUCACUGAGGCAGCAUUGGGGGGAAAAAUGAUCUUCAUGUUUUUGUGUCUAAACGAUGUUUCUUUAGAUGCUCUGUGAGUCAGUCCAACAGCGUUUGGAACAUGGUGUGAAUAUAGGCAUGCUGGACAAAAGUAGUUUGGGGAAAUGGAAUAGAAUCUUUAUGAAUACCAAAUUUCCUUCAUCUCAGCAGGCUUCUUGUUUGCUGCUUCGUUUAUUUGUACAUUAUGCAUUGCUAGCAUUUUAUUUUUGUAAUAUUUCCAAAAUAUUUUUCAGUUUAGUAUCUCGUAGUUUUACAUUUUGAUUCUGUGAUAUAUCAUUUAAAAUAAUAAUAAUAGUAAUAAAAAGGCAGAAAUACUAAGUUUAAUAGUCCCAUAUAUUAUCCCUGCUUUUUCUACAGGUAGUAUUUAUUUUCAAAUGAUCAUUUCAAGAUGACUUUGCUCGGUCAUCUUUUUGAAGAUGUUAUUUCAUACUGAAAAAAAAACAAGUUUAUUGAAACAUCCCAUAUAUAUAUUCUGGAUGGACCUAAUUGUUUUUUAUCUGUAAACAAAAGUUGGUAAGAAAGAAAUGUUUGUAUCCCCUGCGACUGAAAACUUUUACUCCUGGGGGAGGAGAGGAGAUAUUUACAAAGUUUGUCCCCCAGUUGCGCAUCAAAGAUGCCUUUAAUAGUUCUACGUGUGACAUCCCACAUACUGAAAAUCUAAAUGCUACACAUUGAAAUGAAUAUUUGAAUUACGACCUGACGAGUUCCCAACAAAGAUGGGGCUGCUGUUAUCUGCUUAGAAUUUGUAUUAAAUGAAGCCAUCAGAACGUUAAGAAAUUGCAACAAAAUGUUCUCUGCUGCAGCCAGUUACCAGAUUAGCUGCGUUGCUUUUUGCCUUCAUUUCCUAUAUUGCAAAUAGACGAUAGCUCAGUUAAAUCUGAGCUAUGAUUAGUCAUGCCUUAUGUUUGUACUGGAGGUGGUUUAUCUUAAAAGCAUAAAACCCACAACCAUAAAGUCCUGGGAAAAGCCAGGACAGUUACUGUUGUUCUUUUUCAGAAAGGCUUUCUUAAUAUCCUGUAAAGGUAGGACAUUGCAGUGGUUCGAAUACUGAAACGUGACUCAUAAAGGUUGAUUUUAGGCUUAAAAAAGAGGAAGGAAAGAAAACUACAUGCAGAAUCAGGAUAGAAAAUGCAUGUCUUGGAUGUCUUCUUGGACUUGGAUGUCUUCUGCUUUAAAUGAUUUUGGGUAACAUGUUAUGUUCAGCGAAAACUGGGAGAGCAAAUGUAAACUGAGAGUUGAUCAUGUACAUUUUCUUGAGUUUGGUUGCUUGUUUGUUUUUAAAGAUAAAGACUGGAACAGACGGAGUUGUGUUUAUUAUUUGUGGUUGGAGUCCCAGAGUGAAAAGAACAAACACUUGUAUCCUGGAACAGAGUCGUGUAUUAUUAACAGCUUCUGUCAAUGCUGAAAUGUUUGAGUAAACUCACAAACACAUCCGUGUGGAAUGCCUGUAGAAACUGAGGGCCUGAGCUGCUCCUAACAUUGUCCCUUUGAAAAUAACCAUAAAAGAGAAAAUAAAGAGGAAUUAACGUGA